UAGGCGCGUGUUUGUGUCACCGCAUAUGAGCGCCGCUGAUUGGCCAGUCGGAGCGGAGGGCGUGACACGGCGGCAGCGUGCAUUCGCCUGUGUGACACAAUUACAACAACUUUGAGCCGCUGCUUGGGGAAGUUUGAGAGCGUCUGAAAGUAGCCUGUCCCUCCGAGCCGACUUCACAUCAGCGCCAUGCUGGAACCGGAGCUGUGCCGCGCGCCCGCCUCUCUCCCACAAUGAGGGCCGCGGAGGAGAAGGUGAAAGGAGCGUUUCCUUGAGGAAUCGGAAGAAUCGCGCUACGCCCCGUUUUAAUCCUGGAUCGGUGCGCGGUGGUUCCGCCCGGAGCCGCUCGGCCCCCCUCCCGGACUCUCCCCAUGAAGUCUAGCGGGGUGUCGCCGGCGGCCGCUGCCCGGAGCCUCUGCGCUGCUGACGAUGAGAAAAUGGCGUCUGGAAAAGCGACUGAAAUCGAGGAGGACUUUCCGAAGCUAACGGCGCAGGAGGAGCAGAGCCUGGUCGGAGCUGACAGUUCACUGUUUGGAUUUCACGGGCUUCAAGAAGAUGGCGCCAGAACGAAGGCCUUGCUGAUGAAGGCCGUUAGCUGCUAUGACGGCCUCAUCCUGAAGGCGGAGGGGAAGGUGGACCCUGACAUCUUCUGCCGGCUCGGCCACUUCAACCUGCUGCUGGAGGACUAUCCUAAAGCGUUAUCUGCUUACCAGAGGUACUUCAGUUUACAGUCGGAUUACUGGAAGAAUGCUGCCUUUCUCUACGGCCUUGGAAUGGUUUACUUCCAUUACAGCGCCUUUCAGUGGGCUAUUAAGGCCUUCCAAGAGGUGCUCUACAUCGACCCAACGUUUUCCCGAGCGAAAGAAAUUCACCUGAGACUGGGACUCAUGUUUAAGGUCAACACAGACUACGAGUCCAGCGUGAAGCAUUUCCAGCUGGCUUUGAUCGACUCUAAUCUCUGCACUUUAUCCAAAGCUGAAAUUCAGUUCCACAUCGCUCAUUUAUAUGAAAUCCAGAAGAAAUUCAGAGCAGCUAAGGAGGCGUACGAGAGUCUGCUGCAGAGCCAAGAUCUCCCUGCUCAGGUGAAGGCCACCACACUGCAGCAGCUCGGCUGGAUGCAUCACACCGUGGAGCAGCUGAGGGAGAAAGAUGCUAAGGGCUGCUAUGCCAUCCAGUGUCUGCAGAAGUCUCUGGAAGCAGACCCCAACUCAGGCCAGUCCUGGUACCUACUGGGCAGGUGCUACUCCAGUAUCGGGAAGGUGCAGGAUGCCUUCAUCUCCUACCGGCAGUCCAUCGAUAAGUCUGAGGCCAGCGCCGACACCUGGUGCUCCAUCGGCGUUCUGUACCAGCAGCAGAACCAGCCGAUGGACGCUCUGCAGGCCUACAUCUGCGCUGUGCAGCUGGACCACAGCCACGCCGCCGCCUGGAUGGACCUGGGCACCCUCUACGAGUCCUGCGGCCAGCUGCAGGACGCCAUGAAGUGCUACAUCAACGCCACGCGCAGCAAAGCGUGUCUGAACAGCGCCGCCCUGGCUCAGCGCAUCAAGCUGCUGCAGGCUCAGUUGUGUAACCUUCAACCAGGUAGUCUGCAGAGUAAGACUAAAAUGCUUCCUUGUAUUGAGGAGGCGUGGAGCCUUCCCAUCCCUGCUGAGCUCACGUCCAGGCAGGGGGCCUUGAACGCAGCACAGGCACAGCAGGCCUGUAAAGGUGAGGGAGGCCCGUCUGCCGGCGGCCACUCCGACCCACAGGCCAGCCCGGCCAAAAGGAAGCGCACUGCCAGCCCAGCCAAGGGCGCCGCGGACCUGCUGGCCAAUGGAUCCAAUCAGCAGCAGAUCCCUGGCUGGUGUCUAACGCCUCAGAAGCUCCAGCUGUUGGAUCAUCUGCGGAAAAACUGGAGCUGCCUGAAGCCUCCUCAGCUGCAGAUGUUGGAGCAGCUGGAGAAGCAGCUGUCCGUCAUGCAGCAGCAGCCUUACCCGCAGCAGAACUCUCUACCUCACACCAGUCAGCCCAGCACCACCAGCAGCACUAAUACUAGUCCCAGUCAGGCAGAGACCUGGAGGAGCCAGCAACACGACACUAGCACUCAGGGGCUCCAUAAAGGUCAAGGUUCACAUUCAGCAGGUCCUGAUGAAGAACCUCCCUCCUCCCCCCCCUCUCAGACCCCCUUCUCCUCCUCCGUCAUUCUCAGUCAGGUGGGACAUUGCUCUGGGCCCUGCACUGCCUCCUCCUCGGCCUCCUCCUUAUCCCCCACCUCCCCCCAGUCCUCCCCCCUCCACUCAGCUACUACCUCAGGGCUCCACACCAAAGAAGCAACACCUUCCAGGGGUGAAAACGGCAGCGUCGUCCCCGCCGCCGUUGGCCAUCAUGGAGGGGUGCCGCCCAGUCCUGGCUCCGCCCCCCGGCAGGGAUCCACUAAUCACGUCCAGCCGGGGCGCUCUGCCGGCCUGUCCCAGCCCGCCUCUCCUGCCCCCGCAGCGCUCAGUUCAGACAAUCCUCAACUCUCAGCCUUUGGAAAGGAAAAAGCCAGUAACCAUGACAACGAGCAGGGUCACCACGGAGCGUCUUCCUCAGAGAAGGUCAACAACGUCCACGCUGCUCUCCGCGCCAAGGCGGAGCUCUCGGCGGCGUCCUCUCCUCUGUCUCCUUACCCCGCCAGCACCCCCUGCUGCCUUAAUGGGAGGGGCCCCCCUCUGAAUGGGAGGGGCCCCGAGGACUUUAGGAGCCCUCAGAGGAACACGCCCCCUGCUGGUCUGACUCCCUGGUCUUCAGUCUCCAUCUAUCCCAGCUCUAGUGACGUGCUCAGAGCCUGCAGGAACCUGGGGAAGAACGGCGUGUCCACCAGCAGCGUCCUCUUAGACCGAUUCCCUCCUCUCAGUGAAACAUCAUGGGAUCCGUCUCUCGGCGUCCGGCGGAGGAAAGGUCCCUUCAAGCACAUCAAGUUCGGCACCAACAUCGACCUCUCUGAUGAGAAGAAGUGGAAGCAGCAGCUGCAGGAGCUGACCAAGCUGCCGGCCUUCGCCAGGGUGGUGUCUGCUGGGAACCUGCUGAGCCACGUGGGCCACACCAUCCUGGGCAUGAACACCGUCCAGCUGUACAUGAAGGUCCCGGGGAGCCGCACGCCAGGACACCAGGAAAACAACAACUUCUGCUCGGUGAACAUCAACAUCGGCCCCGGGGACUGCGAGUGGUUCGCCGUGCCGGAGGCCUACUGGGGCGUCAUCAACCACUUCUGUGAAAAGAACAACAUCAACUUCCUGAUGGGCUCCUGGUGGCCCGACCUGGAGGACCUGUACCGCAGCAACAUCCCCGUUUACCGCUUCAUCCAGCGGCCCGGGGACCUGGUGUGGCUCAACACGGGGACCGUCCACUGGGUGCAGGCCGUCGGCUGGUGCAACAACAUCGCCUGGAACGUGGGACCCCUUACAGCCCAUCAGUACCGGCUGGCCGUGGAGCGCUAUGAGUGGAACAAGCUGCAGAGCAUCAAGUCCAUCGUCCCCAUGGUCCACCUCUCCUGGAACAUGGCCAGGAACAUCAAAGUGUCGGACCCCAGGCUGUUUGAGAUGAUCAAGUACUGCCUGCUGCGGACCCUGAAGCAGGUCCAGAGUCAGAGGGAGAUGCUGCUGGCUGCGGGGAAGGAGCCGCUGUGGCACGGUCGCACCCAGAGCGAGCCGGCCCAUUACUGCAGCGUCUGCGAGGUGGAGGUGUUUGACCUGCUGUUCGUGACCAGCGAGAGCAACAGCAGGAAGUCGUACGUGGUCCACUGUCAGGACUGCGCCAGGAGGGCCAGCGCCGACCUGCAGAACUUCGUGGUUCUGGAGCAGUACAGGAUGGAGGACCUGAUGCAGGUCUAUGACCAGUUCACCCUGGUCGGCGCGCUGCCUUCCUCCUGAUGGACCGACCUGCAGACACGGUAGAACCACACUGGACCCCCCGGCGUCCUUCACUGCGUCCCGUAGCGAUCCCACAGGCAGCUGACUGAGCUGCGUUUCUAUGCAACCUGCCCUGAGCGCCGCCGCCCCCCGGUGGAGCGGCCGGGGAUGGCGGCUGCUCCUGCCAUGACCAGACUGUUCUGCUGCUCCACCAGAACCCCCACCAGAUGAACGGCCGCUGAAGGUUUUGUACGUAUGACGUUUGAACAGAGCGAGUCUCCUGCAGCGGUUCUGGUUCUGGGCGGACCCGGACUCGGGUCCCUCCAGGAACCAGUGCUUAGCAUGUCAGGAACGCCACAGACACGUAAUGUGAAACCUGAGCGACGCCGUUCUUUCCUCACCGAGGAAACGGCAGGAAAAGGUCGACUGAAUCGUUUCUUUUGUAUUUGGAUGUAAAUUUACACUAUUUAUAAAUUCCUAUUUAUUGCUUGGAAAUAUUUGUGGAUGGAAUGCUGUAACUUUUCUCUAGACUUCCUGCCAUUCAAUCUGAGGAGGCUGAUUUUUCCUCCCGGCUCCUUCAUGUUUUCUAUAGAAACUGCUGAGUCAGUGUUGUACAGAGACUGGAACUGGUUUAUUGUUGGGAGGAUGGUUUUGGCCUCAAUAAACAACAAACA